AUGCCCAUGGCGAACCCUAGUGACUCUGCAUCUGUGGUUGGCUUCGCAGAGGGUGUGGGCAUCAUCUUCGUCACCUCAGGUGUUGGAUUGUUCAUGAUGGAGCUCAAGUCAGGGCGAGUGAGGAAGGUUGACAAGCCCUGGGACUUCUCCAAUGUCCUACCCUACAUGAGCUUCUACACUCCUGGUAUUGUACUAACCCUUGCUGAUCCUUUGGCCUUCCUUGUCUUUGCAGCUUCAAUAUAUUUGCUUAGUUGGUUCUGGCUUGUGAAUGGACUACUAAUUGCAAUUUAA